GCCUAGCCCAGCGAAACAAAUGGCGCCGAGCUGACAAUCGUCGUGCACGCCAACGCUUGAACACAUCCGUUUUCUUCUUUUUGUAUUAGAGACGCGCGGCUUGAACGCAAUUAAAAGCCCGAGCCAUGCAAGACGACAGACCACUCUUCGCGCAGGGCGUCAUCUACGACUCCCCGCCUCACUCCCCGUCACACGGUCAGUUCGGCGGCAACGGCGGCGCCGCCAGCCCUUUAGCCAGCCCGCGAGGUCAUUUCGCGCCCAACCAGUCUCCCGGCGGGUACCCCCGAUCGCCGUACCCGCAAAGUCCCCGCUUCAGCACGCCCAUACACGGCAACUACCCGAGGCCUCCGAAGUUCCCCAGGGGUAACCGCGGAGGAUCGCCCAGGUCCCCCUGGCACUCGCCGGGUGCGCAGCAGUGGCACUCGCCCGGCGGCUACUCCGGACCCUACCAGCAGCAUAACCACUCUCAUCACAACAGACGGUCGUCGGGCUCCAGAGACUCGAGUUGGGUGUCGUCGCCGCGGUCGCAGUUCCAGUCGCCCCGCUUCGGAGGAGGCGUCGACAGCUACGUCAAGGACUCCAUGGUGGAGGACCCCUGGGCGGCUUUGGAGCUGCAAAGACCCGCCAAGGUCAGGGCAUCGCGAGACGCCAACCGCCCCUCGCCGACCGGCGACUCGGAGCGGCCCGCCGUUUCUGCAACGACGGACUUCGCGAGCUUAAAACCGGCGGAAUCCACUCAUCUAAGAGACUCGGAGUCGACGGAUUUGCAGCCGACAGACGGUGCUGCGUUAUCGCCGGCGAGCCUAGCGCUCUCGGACGACUCGAAACCGCUGUGAAAGGUGUAAGCCGCACGCAGUGGGGCGAGGGGGGGGCACCGCAUUGUUGAAGAGACCAACCCCAAUAAGCUCGAGGAGGCGUAAAUGUGCGAUGUGAACUGUAAAUAAAAGUAGGUUUUAUUUGCGA